CUAUAUUGUCAAUAAAUUAUUUCAAGCCGAUAUUCGAUUUUAAGAUUUCUCCAUUUUUGUGUUUUCAGAGCUUUUUUUAAAUGGUUUUACUAUAAAAGACCCAACAGAAUUCAGUUAUGUCCCGUAAGAAGUGUGCAACUAUAAAAAAACAGCUUUCUACCUAAGCAUUUUGCGGCUUUUUAUUGAGUGCGUUGUGGCGAUGUGCAUACAAAGAAUAAACAACAGUGUUGUAUUCUAAUUUGACCUCACUUUUUUCAUUUAAAAAACUGCCGUUUAGCUUUGUUUUAUACUUUAUAAUCUAACAAGUGCUUUAUAUAACAAACUAGCUAAAUCUUAGCAGUAAAAGGCCUUAAAGGUAACCAUAAAACAUAUGUUUUCAAGACUGUAAUAAUGGGGACAUUUAUAGACAAACAGAACCCUAAAGAGCAGGUUGCUAAUAUUCGGUAAAAAGAACGCUGCAAAUUAAGGGUCAUAAGGGACAAUUAACCGAUGCGUCCGUCGUUUGCCCUGCGUAAACAAUGACCAAAACUUUCGUGUGUUGUCGAAAAUGAACGACGGAUUCAAGCAUGAAAGCGACACGAAUCUGAUCGACAAUUUGUUAAAUAAAGUCCAUUGUCAAUCGCAGGACCCACCCCUGCCCCAAAUCAACGAAAACAGGGUCGAAAUUGUCCAAAAUCUAUCCAAACAAAUCGAGGCUUCUCAAGCGAGUCCGUCGGACGCCAGCUGUCAAACCGCGGAAAGUGAGGUUAAGGAGCUGAAGGAAUGGUUGAUUUUGCAUACUGACUUAAUUCAGCACCAAAACGAGGAAAUAUUAAAAAGGGAACGCCAGAUUUACCUGCUACAGAAGGAAAAUGAAAUGCUUAAAGAGAGACUAUUGAACUUAGAAAAAAGCAUUCAAUAUUCACCGCAAGAGGCUCAAAAGGACUCGGAACUAGGCGAGCCUUAUGAGGAACCUAUAGAGGACUCCCUUUUGGAAGAUAUGACCCAGGACUCUUGCGAGGCCUAUGAAGAAGACAACAAGGAACAUUUAAUAGGCAUAGUUGAAUCUUUUGUUAAGCAUGGGAACAACACUGCCAGUUCCCCAAUAGAUGUGGUGGGUUUUCGGACUGGAGCACAGAAUAUUAGUGAUGGCGAAUCUCAACUAGAAACCCCACCUAGAGAAGAGUUUUCUAUUGAAAAUCAAGGAAACAAAAGUGACAUUGAAGAAGAGGAAGAGGACGAGGAUCAAACGGAGGAGUUCGUUACGCCAGAACUCGAUAGUGAGGACGAUAGUUUUAGUGAAACGCGUGAGCGCGAGAAAGAGGACUCGUUUUCCGAAUAUAAUUUUACCGUUGACAAUUUUUGCGAGUUUGAUCCUAUGAAAAACAUUAAAAUGAGCAUCAGGCGUAAGAGGAUUAGUAGCUCAUCGGUUUUAUCUAACAGUGAGCCGAAUUUAAUCAGUGAGAAAAGGGGCAGGGGGAUUAAGAAGAGAAAGAGGCGUUUAGGCAAGGACAUUCAAAUAAUCACCUCAAAAGAGCCAUAUUAUGUCAAUAUUGACAAUGAAGAAGUGGUACCGGAACCUGACCAGGAUCUGGUGAUUAGCAGUACUACUGAAAACUUAGAAGUUCCUAGGUGGCGUGUCAAGCACUACACGAGCUGCUACACCAUGGAGGGCACCGAAAAUCUCGACGAUGAAGUUUAUAAUAAACGACAUAUGCGCCUUGAAAUUGACGAAAGGAGGCGAAAAAGAUGGGACGUACAGCGAAUAAGAGAGCAACGGGUAAUAGAAAAACUAAAACUGCGACAGGAACGGAUAGCGUCCGGGUCCAAAGGGGAGAGCGAUCAGGACUCGAUGACGUCGCUGUGGCCCCAAUCGGACGACGUUCGAUUUCUGGACAUCGCGGAGGAAUUGCCGGUGGCCGCGUUCGGUCAUCCCGUACCGAAAAUUGUACCCAGUAAUUUCUCACUUCCGUGGCUGGACAAUUCCUCGGUGCUGACCAGACGGGCCUGUACAAAACGGACGGUUGUAAGUGGGCGUCGCAAAAGGUCGCGGAACCGACGGCGACGGUAAGACAAUUAGGUUCUAAGGUGUUGUACCUAAGAUUCAGGUGAAAUCAUAUUAUGUAUCCCAAAAGAGUCUGGACUAUUUGAGAAAACUAUUGGGAUUGAAAAUAUUGACCCCUGGUGGUGAAAAGUGCAAACUUUCUAGACUGAAGUAAUGGCUUUUUAUAGUACCAUAACAAACAAAAAAAUAAAGAUUUAUACCACAAAAAGAUUUGCAAUUUGACCGCUAUGGCGUAUGUUUUCGGGAUCCCAAUAAAAUAUUAUUUGUGAUAAACAGGGUGUAUUAGGUAACAAAACUUAUCCGAAAUAGUCCAGGAGCCGUUUGAUGUUAUGCAGGGUCUUUCAAAUUUGAAUGUGGAAUGUUUCAUAGGUCGGAAACAGAACAAGAACAUUAUACAGUGUGUCCAUAUUAAGUUGUAACCAUAGCUGUAAAUAUUUUUUUGGUGUUAUAAUCUUUAAACUCUAGAGAAAAUCAGUUUAUUUAUUGACAGAAUUAAAGUGGUAGACUUGCAACGCAGUCAAGAAUAAAUACAAAAGGAAUUUCAGUCUAAAGAUGUUGCGAAGUAAUAGUUAUUUUUUGCAAUGAUGCCGAAUCGUGAAUUUUCCUUCUUUUCGUUAAGCUACCCAAAUUAUAUCUUUGAACCAAUAUAUUGUUAUACAUACCAACUUGCGGAUUUACAUCAUCCAAUCAGAGAACUAAAAAGGUAGAGGAAAGUCGCCUAAUAUGGGGAGGUUUUUUUUUGAAAAUAGUAAAAAAAUUGCAUGAUAUGUUCAAAAUUGGAAAAAUCUCGUAGUAAUAUUAUUUUACGCCAGGACAGAUGAUAUAUGUACAAAAACACUCAAAUUUAAUUAAAUUGGGGUAGUGAUCCUAUUAUGUAAAAAAAAUGCAUCUCCCCAAAUUACGAACCUGUGGGCACCUAAAUUAAGGAGGUCGAAUUUUCAUAUACACACACCUUUGCAGAAUCAAGUGAUCGAUUCAAUGGGUUGCUAAGUGUAUUUAAAAAAAUAUGGAUGUUGUUUUUAUGAAAAUAACUUUAACAUCUACUUAGAUACAUUUAUUAAAAAACAAGUUUCUUAUAAAAAAAAUAAAUUCAAAAGACACGAUAAAUGAUUAAGUCCUCAAAACAUAAUUUUUAUUUUUUUGCUGCUGCAAGUAGGGCAUUUAAACACCACUACGGCCUUAGGACCAAGAUCCGCGCAUAGUGUGUGGGCCCACUUGUAACACACAGUGCAGCGAACCCAGUCUUCACCUUUGUGGUCAUCUGAAUAAAGACCACUGCAGUAAAUGCACUCUUCAUCUUCAUCAGACAUUGGGUCGUCUGCAGAGUCAUCCAUCUAUUGGGCUUCGCCUUCUUCAUCAGAUGAUUCUCCUGGAGAGUCAACUUUUUUCCCCUUUUUAGGUUUACUUGGUUUUACAGGAGCUACAGCUUUCUUUUUUUGAGCUUUGGGUUUUGUUUAGUUUUCUUGUUUUGUGACUCUUCCAAAUACGUUUUAUAUGGCGUCCCCGUAAUAUGUUCUGCUGAUUCGGAACAGGCACUUUGUUUGCCUGGAUUCAAUACUGGCACAGGGCUUAUUUCGCUAGGAAUAACAAACUUCUGUUGUUUGGGAGUUGCCGGUAUUAUUUAUCUGCCUUUGUCCAUAACAGGACCGCUGAGGUUGUAUGCCGGAAGGACCGGGAUUAGAUAUGUCUUCUUUAAAAUCUUGUGACCUAGGAGUUGCCAGUGUUGCGGGACUGUCUAACUGAUUUUAACCAGAACAAGACUUCUGACAUUGUAGGCCGGAUAGCCAGGUUUAGAUAUGUCCUCUGUAGAACUGGUUGACACUAUUGGAUGAUUUCCUAAAUUCUCAUCAGGAAUGGGAUCAUUUUGUAGAGCUUCCAUAUGUGGAUUUGGAACUGUUUGAUCAACAAUUGUGUUAGGAAACUCGUGUGAUCCAGACUUAUGACGAUUACAGGGAAACAAGCCCGCCUUUUUAAAACCUAUUGCAGCGAUUUCAGCAGUCGCCGCUUUUCGGUAAGCAUUUCCAAAAAGCUGCCCAAUCUGGUAAACUGUUACCACUCCCCUAUCAGCAUGAUUUCGAAGCCACAUUUUGAUUUCUUGUGCAUAGUAAGUUUUAAAUGGUGACAUAAAAGAAUGAUCUAGCGGCUGCAUCUUGUGCGAACUGUGGGGAGGGAGGCACACUAUGUAAACGUGAUUAUUGCGAGCUAGGUUAAUCACCUCAAUAUUUCUGGUAUGUGUAAAAUGACCAUCAAGUACCAGGACAGGUGGAUUAUCUGCUGUGGGCUCUACAUGCUUUAAAAAAUGUUUAAACCAAUCGGUAAAUAAUUCCGACUGGAUCCAUCCUGAAGGGUGACAGGCAUAAAUGGACCCUAGGGGUGUUCCGUCCAUAAGUUCUUGCUUCAUAUUUUUACCCGGAAAUAUCACUAGUGGAGGAAUGAAGUGACCCGCGGGGGGUUCAUGCAUGUAACUAUAGUGAUAAGUGAACCUCGUUCGGCAGCUUGCAAUGAACCUAUUUGCUUUUUACGCCUCAACCCAACAACUUUUGUAUGUUUGUGUUGAACCACAGUAAUCCCCGUUUCAUCGCAAUUAUACACACGUGAUGGGGAAUGCUUGAUCUUUUCCAUAAUGGGUUCAUAAAUAUCAAAGAACCUCGAAACAGCUUCGCGUGCAAAGCCUUUUGCUCUUGCGUAGGAAACGCCUUGGGGAGUUCGGACGGAAAGCUUUUUAUGUAGUCUCAUAAAAUUUCGGAGCCAUUUUUUACCAGCUUGCUCCUUUUCUUUAGAGAAUGGAUUCUUUAAAUUGUUCAGUUUUGCCAGCUGGUAAGCCAUGCAUCGCACAUCUUCUUCGCGAAAGGCCCAAAUAUUUUUCUUCCAUUUCAAGGGAAUAUGCAACCAGUUCCUGUUCUAAUUCUUGCGGUAAAAUCGGAUUUCUACCCAUUUUGGUUUUAAUUACCUUAGCAGGAGAAGUGCAUUUAUUUAUGGCAUAACGUUCUAAGGUUGUCUGUGGAACAUUGAACACCCGAGAUGCUUUAUAGCUACCCAUUUCUUUAUUUCGCAUAGCUUGUACCGCCGCCUUCAUUUGAACAGGGUCCCAUGUCUUUCGUUUUGGCAUCUGCAAAUUAAAAAACGACAUACUUAGUUGCAAUACAUUACUAAACUAAAUGGUUCCUAAUAUGGGGAGCCCCAAACUAGGACUCCCUUAACUCACCGUAAUAAGAGACCCAGUCCGCUAAGGUUUAUAACCUCAAAAAAUAAAUACUAACUUUUUAUUAUUUAAAAUAAACGUAAAGCAUCAAUAUUUUAUCUACAAAGCUUCAUUCAAUAAAAAAACAAAUCCUUCACCACUUGCCUUGCCGUAGUUAUUAAUGAAAAUCGAUAACACGAAUAAACUUUAUAAAUAUUUACGUUCAGAUAACGUGGGAUCACGCUUUCAUGUUUUGAAUAAAACAGGUGUUCAUUGCUGCAGUGUAGGCAUCCAGACAUAUUCGACAAAAUAGAGUGCGUGCGAUUAGUCGUAUACCCUCACCGUCUAAAAUUUUAGAUCUCCCCAAAUUAGGAAACCUCCCCAUAUUAGGCGACUCUUCUCUAAUAACUUUUUUCUGUUAAUUAAACUAACGGCUUGUAUUUUCUAAAAGACUAUUCUAAAUGCAAACUCGAUAUUAGCAAGUAAAGCGAAAAUGUUUGGUAGGUUAAUCUAUCUAAGCUCUUUCUAUUUGUUUUUACUUUUUAAAUUAUGACUUAUUUAUACAGUAAUGAACAAAAAUAUAUAGACAAAAGCCGUUUGCACAAUAAGUCAAAUCAAUCAUUGGCUCAUAGAAAUCACGUGGUCGCAACGAAUCCGUAAUUACGUACCAAUGUGAAUUCAGGCUUACUGAUUACUUCUGAUUUCACUGGUUCGCGGUUAACCGACUUACGAACUCACACGACAAAAGUUUCGGUAAAGUGUUUAAAAGUUUUAUACCUACCUCAAAUAAAGCGAUGGAUUUUGUAAUUUUAAUUUUGAGCACAGGGCUACUGAAAAAUAAUAAUAAAUUUUAGUCAUGAGUUUCUUACAACUGCUGCUAUCAGUUUAUAACAGAAAAUACAUGGAAAUUAAAUUACAGUGAAAGUCGCUUAUAGCGACGGUGAAGGGACCACGAAAAUUACGUCGCUAUAUCCGACCUUCGUUAUAUACGACCUGUUUUUUUUUCUAGCAAUUUAAUAAAAGAUAGACUUUACGAUAGCCAGAAGAAAUAAAAUUCGCUAUCCAAUACGUUCGCUGCCAGUGACGCAUAUGUUGCGUCGUGGCCUUCUGCCACCAAAAGCCGAUGACGAGACAUUUGCGUCCAGUGCAAUUAUAAUUUUAAAUAGAUAGUAAUAUUCCGGCUUUUGAGGCUGUUUGUUGCACUCACGUCGGCAAUUUUGGCGCCUAUUUAAGCACGUGUUUUUGUAUUGUCGGUUUUGGGAAUUUUUGUCAAGUUAGAGUGUUAUGGACAACGAAAUUCCGAGGCCUUCAGGCCCGAAAAAAUUACGUAGUGAUUGGGAAAGAAGGAGACCUAUAAGGUAUGAUGAACUGCUGCAGUACACUAACGAUUCAGAAAGUGAGGAAGGACCAUUCAUGGAUAGUGGCAGUGAAUAUGAGCCUUCCAAUAGUGACGAAAGUUCAGGGCCGGACGAGGAAAAUUUUCAACUGCCUGCCUCCCCUGCUCCAGUACAAAGCGACGAUAAUUUGCCGACUAUUGGUUGGACUGACACAUUUUGCUUGAAAAAAAAAUCAUUCUCAGGUAAUUCUGGCCUACAAGUAGAUGUAUUAGACGACUCUGUUUAUGGAUUUUUUAAUUUAUUAUUUACGGACGAACUUUUGCUACAUAUCGUAGACGAAUCGAAUCGAUAUGCGGAAGGACUUUUUCUAAGUGAGAAAACUAGUGAAAAAUCCCGAAUUACGACUUGGAAACCACUUACGGUUUGCGAACUCAAAAUUUUCUUUGCUUUGCUGCUUCAUAUGGGUCACAUCCAAAUAAAGAGAACCCAGGACUAUUGGAAGACAGAUCAGCUUUACAACUUGCCUUUUUUACACACUAUAUGAGCCGAAAUAGAUUUUUGAUCAUAAUGCGUGGUUUGCAUUUUUCAAGAAAUCCCAAUAGAGGAGAAGCUGAAUUUGGGGAUCGUUUGCAUAAAAUAAGAUAUAUUCAAGAUUUUCUAAAUAACGAAAUGGCUGAAAUUUAUUAUCCUGGUAAAAAUUUAUCCCUGGACGAGUCAAUGGUGUCAUGGCGAGGACGAUUGCGGUUUCGCCAGUAUAUUAAAAACAUGAGACACAAGUAUGGAAUUAAAUUAUAUAUCCUGAGCGAACCCAACGGGCUAGUUUUGAAAGUUAGAGUAUACACUGGUGCAGAAGAUAAUAUGUCAGGGAAAGGACAUGCUACAAAUGUUGUAUUGACAUUGAUGCAAAACUAUUUAGACAAGGGGCAUAGUGUGUUUCUUGACAAUUUUUACAAUAGUUAUACCCUUGCCAAAGAACUAUUACAAUGCAAAAUUUCACUGUAACUGGAACACUAAGAAAAGAUAGGAAAGAAAAUCCCAAAGAUGUAGUUGAGGCAAAGCUCAAGAGGAGGGAAGUACUAAUAAAAUGUUCUGAAAAUAUAGUGAUUGGAAAGUGGCUAGAUAAAAAAAAAGUUUUAUUUAUUUCAACGGAGUUUGGCAGUAAUUUGGAAUAUGUCGAAAAUAAAAGAGGUGAAAGAAAACUAAAACCUAAAGCAAUAAUAAAAUAUAAUAAAAAUAUGCCGGGAAUAGACUGUCAAGACCAAAUGCUGUCUUAUUAUUGUUCAGAAAGAAAAACUCUAAGAUGGUAUAAGAAGUUGUUUGUCCACUUUUUGUCAAUUGCCACAUUCAAUAGUUUUCUAUUGUAUAAUAGAUAUUCUUCUAAAGGAAAACUCGAUUAUUAUGAUUUUCGACAUACUCUUGUAAAACAACUUCUUUCUGAAGCAAACGAAACCAAUAAACAGGUUACCUAAAAGCAAUGUUGCCAGUGAACAUCUUCCUUUGAAAUUCCAGCAAGAUGGAAAUGGAAAGCAAAUUAGAAAAAGAUGCAGAAUGUGUUACGUUCACAAAAUUAGAAAAGAUACGAUAUUUUACUGCCCAACCUGCCCAGAUACCCCUGGACUUUGCUUAGGAGACUGUUUUAAAAAUUUUCACAAUCGUAAACAAAUUAAAAAAAAUAAGUAUUUGGUGUUUUUUAUAUUAGUUAUUAUUUUUUAGCAUUUCUGUCUUUUGUUUUAUAUUAGUAAGUGCUUAUAUGUGAAUCUUAUAAUGAAAAAAUUUCAAAAAAUAAAAAUAUUUUUUUAAGUAACCAUGACGCACGUGUGGCGUCAUCGGUUUUUCAGAGGUAAAUUUUUUGCGCCAAGCCGAUGACGCAAUUGCGUCAUGGGAUCAUGGCACUGUCAAUGUCACAAAUCUGUCUAAGUGACAGGUAAAAUUAUACAAAAUCAUUUUAAAAUGGCUUUCUUGAACGUUUUAAAAAAAACAUUCUUCGGUUUUUUAAAGUGUUGUUAAAAAAAAUUUUGGGAGCGAACGUGUUAAAACAAUUUAUUAACCACUAAUUUACAAUUCACAACAUUUAACAGAUACAUAUAUAUGUAUGUAGUACCUACACCUUCUCCAGUUUUAAGACUUGAAAUAAUCUGUGAUUUUACUCUGUUUCUUUGUUCGAGUGUCAUAAUAGAUGAAUUCAAUUUUUUUCUCUAAAUUAUUAACAUGGUUUACCAAUAUUUCGUCCGAUGAAUAGUUAUGUUAGUUAGUGGCUUAAAGAGCUUCUGCUGCAGAUGGAGGUUGAAAUUCUUUCCCUUCUGAACCCUCAUCUUCGCUUUCCUCUUUGUCCUAAGAGAAGGAUAAGAUGUCGUCUACAAUUUGUUCUUCACUUAGAUUGUCGCAUACUUCCAAACUAUUUUCUGCAUGUAAGAACUCGGUCCAUUGUUCAUCUGACAAUGCAGCAGACUUUUUUAUUACAGCCAGCGGAACCUCAUCUUCCUCUUCAAAAUUAACAUUAGUUAAUUUAGCCUAGUGGAAUGUCAUUUUCUUCAUCAAAGCUAUCAUUUCUAACAUCCUCACUUUCUACGAAGCCUCCAUGUCUAAAACAGUUGGCAAUUGUUUUUUGAUGAAACUCUAUCCCAUGCUUUAGCGAUCAUUGAUACUGCAUCUAAAAGGUUAAUAAAACACUCUUUGCCUUGUUUAGCAUUUUCUAUGAUUUUCAUUAAGUGAAACUUUUUAAAAUGCACUUUUAAUGAUCGAAUAAUCCCUUGGUCGAGGUAGUGUUUGCUGGCAAAAACUCGAGUUUUAUGUUUUUUAAAUUAUCAACUUUCGGAUGAGCGGGACAGUUGUCUACUAAAAAUAAAAAAUUUUUCUUGGUCUUCACCAACUUUGCAUCCCAUUUACGAAGAAUACUGACAAAUAAAUCAGAAGUCAUCCAGGCCUUUUUGUUGAACUUGUAAACGACAGGUAAUAUCUUGAUAUGUUUGAAACAUCGUGGAUUUCUCGACUUACCGAUCACAAUAAGUUUAGGUUUAUCCGAUCCUGUCAUAUUGGUAGCAACUAAGACUGUAAUUCGUUCCUUUGAUAAUUUUCCGCCGGUACAAGUUUCACCCUUGAAUGUCUUAUCUGGGGUCAGUUUAUAAAAAAGUCCUGUCUCGUCGGCAUUAUAUAUUUCGUUAUCCAUAUAUCCUUUUCGUAUUUCAGGCCAGACAGUUGGUAACCAGUUUUCACGUACUCCUUGAGGCACACUGGCAGCUUCGCCACUUAUUUUCCCAAACACUAUUUUAUGUCUUUGACUAAAACGUUUAAUCCAACUUUCAGAACAUUUAAAGUCCACUUUACCCAUAAUUCUUCCAAAAUCAUUCGAUCUUGAACUUUUGACUUUUGAACCACUUGAGUAAGGCUUGAUCGAUAUCUGGGUGUUGAGAUAACUUGAGUUUUUUCUUGCCUAAUAAAUUUUCGUUGAACGCUUCUUUAAUUUGAUCCUUGUUCUUCAAAAUUGUGAAUACACUUGAGUGAGAUAAAUCAAAUUCAGUAGCUACAGUAGCAUUACUUUCGCCAGAUUCAAGUCUUGCGAUAAUAAGACCUUUUUCUUCAAUUGAAAGAACUUUUCUUUUCUUUGACACCGAAGCCAUUUUACAAUGUUUGUAAUCACAAAAACACAAUAAAAGCACAUACGAAGAUAAAACAACAAUAAAAAGCAACAUCAACCCUUUGUAGGAAUUGUUAAUCCACGCUGGACUGGAAUAAACUACGCACAAUACGUUUACGUCUAUCAUGCAGAUGUUCAGAAAUAGGGUAUUCCACAAAAACAACUCCUGUAUUUCACCGCGGCGAAUCGUUGCUCGUCGGUUGUCGCAGUAACCGGUCUAAAAAAUCCAAAUUCAGCGAAAUUAAGUCGUUAAAAGCGACUAUAACCGACGAGGCUAUAGCCGGACUUUUUUACUAUUGAAAAUAUAGAAAUCCAACUAAGAUACGGGCGUUUGGUCGUUAUAAGCGACGUCGUUAUUGGCGAUUUUCACUGUAUUAGUAUUUUUUAUUUCAGUGUCUCUUUUUUGCACCACUAUAUGGAAUAUCAAUUAGGAGCAAUACAAACUCUAUUGUCUUUUUUUUUACACUGGACACACCUUUAGGUAGCUACUGGUUUUGCGUUUUAUUUCAUUAAUUUCUUAUUCCCAAGUAAAAUUUGAAACACCUUGUAUAAGCGCAAUCCUGAUUAUUGUUGUAUAUUUUUUUUUUUGAGUAAUUGUGCGUACGGAUGCGAUUAAACCAUUGCAGUGUGAAAAAUUAAACUAAAUAAAAUGUACAAAUUGUUAAAAAAAAUAUAUAUUAUAAUUUAAAAUUAUGUAAUAGUCCCGUAAGUAGCAAACCCGAAAUACAGUUUAAAAACUAUAAAAUAUAAGACUUAAAAUGGUCGUUAAAACUGUUGUUAAAUCGUUUUUUGAGUUCUUAGAUGGCAAAAACUGCAAUUACAUGUCCUGUGAAAUAGUCUUUUGACGUAUAACACUUUAUAAUGAAUCCUUUCUUUUUUUAUUUGUAAAGUGUUUACAUACAUACAGUUUUUCCAUAGGAAUAGAGGCUCUGUAAAAUCGUUUAUGUUUUUCUGUGAUUUUAUAUUUAGGUUUAAUGUUUAAGCUCCCUGGCAGGCUGAAGGUGAUAACACCUACUAAGAAACAGUAUUUUAAUUUAAAUAGCAUAGUCCUAAAUGAUUCUCUCUCUUUUUUUGUUAAAACAUACUUACUUUUUUGUUAAAUUGUGACUAAAUGUAUUCGAAAAUUAUCCUUCAGCCUUAAUCCUGUUUUUCAUUUUUUUUUUGUUGAAGAUAUACUCAGAUCCAGUGUUUUGUCUUUAGUUUUGUAAGUAAUUAAGUAGCAGCUUGUCUCUCAUUAUGUACAGAUAGUGGUAGAAAAUAAACUUGAUUCUUUUUUUU